CUCCCUAGGUGCAGUCCUUGGAUAAAGGGGCUCACACAUCUUUUCCCCCAGUUUCUUUCUCUCCCCUCUUCUCCCCUGUUUGCCAGGAGCCAUCUGCGAAGGGAGGAGUCUAGCAGGGAGGAGCGGCUGUGCAGAGGCAGGAGGAGGGGUUGUAAACUCUCAGGCUUCAAUCUUUCUGGUUCGGGCAUUUUUGGUUUUAGCCAAGUGCGAGAGAGAGACUGGAUAUUAUCCCCGGCUCACAGAGAGGGGCCUUGCCCAGUCCGGUAGUCACCAACGAUGGCAGAAGAGGUCAUCACCCCAGUGUACUGCACGGGUGUCUCAGCACAGGUCCAGAAGCAGAGGGCGAAGGACCUGGGCCUGGGGAAGCACGAGAAUGCUGUGAAGCACCUGGGCCAGGACUAUGACAGGCUUCGGCAUGAAUGCAUGCAGAACAGGACCCUCUUCCGUGACGAUACCUUCCCUCCAUCGGGAGCCUCCUUGGGCUUCAAAGAGUUGGGACCAAACUCUUCCAAAACCUAUGGAGUCAAGUGGAAGAGACCCACGGAGAUGAGCUCCAACCCCCAGUUCAUUAUCGACGGGGCCACCCGCACGGACAUCUGUCAGGGAGCGCUCGGUGACUGCUGGCUCUUAGCUGCCAUUGCAUCCCUCACCUUGAAUGAGAACAUCCUCCACCGCGUGGUCCCUCACGGGCAGAGCUUCCAAAAUGGAUAUGCUGGCAUCUUCCACUUCCAGAUCUGGCAGUUUGGGGAAUGGGUGGACGUCGUGGUGGACGACUACCUCCCGACAAAGGACGGCAAGCUGCUUUUUGUGCACUCAGCAGAGGGUAAUGAGUUCUGGAGCGCCCUGUUGGAGAAAGCUUAUGCCAAGGUGAAUGGCUGCUAUGAAGCUCUCUCCGGGGGAAGCACCUCAGAGGGAUUUGAAGAUUUCACUGGGGGUGUCACUGAAUGGUACGAGCUUCGGAAACCCCCCAGCGACCUCUACCAGAUCAUUCUGAAAGCCUUGGAGAAGGGGUCCUUACUUGGCUGCUCCAUUGAUAUUUCAAGUGUUCUCGACAUGGAGUCUGUUACAUUCAAAAAACUGGUGAAGGGGCAUGCCUACUCGGUCACGGGUGCCAAACAGGUUAACUACCGGGGGCAGACUGUUAAUUUAAUUCGAAUGAGGAACCCAUGGGGAGAAGUGGAGUGGACUGGACCCUGGAGUGACAAUUCUUCGGAGUGGAACUCAGUGGAGCCAUCUAUGAGACAGCAGCUAAUGGUUAGAAUGGAAGAUGGAGAGUUCUGGAUGUCUUUCCAGGAUUUCCUGAGAGAGUUCACCCGCCUGGAGAUCUGUAACCUAACCCCAGAUGCGCUGACAUCGCAGCGAUAUCGCAAGUGGAACACGGUGCUUUAUGACGGCACUUGGCGGCGUGGGAGCACAGCUGGGGGCUGCAGGAACUUCCCAGCCACAUUCUGGAUCAACCCUCAGUUUAAAAUCCGGCUAGAAGAGGUGGAUGACGAUGACAAUAACUACAGGAAAGAGCAGGGCUGCAGCUUCCUCCUGGCGCUCAUGCAGAAGCAUCGUCGCAAGGAACGGCGACUUGGGAAGGACAUGGAGACCAUUGGCUUUGCUGUCUACGAGGUUCCUCCUGAGCACGUGGGCCAGCCAGGGGUCCACCUGAAACGAGACUUCUUCCUGGCAAAUGCUUCGCGAGCUCGCUCAGAGCAGUUCAUAAACCUUCGGGAAGUCAGCACACGCUUCACGUUGCCUCCAGGAGAAUAUGUCGUUGUGCCUUCUACCUUUGAACCCAACAAGGAGGGAGAUUUUGUCAUCAGGUUCUUCUCUGAGAAAACAGCUGGAACUGAGGAACUGGAUGAUAAAAUCCAAGCCAACCUUCCAGAUGAGAAAGUGCUUUCUGAAAGCGAGAUCGAUGCAAGCUUCAAGCAACUUUUCAAGCAGCUUGCUGGAGCAGAUAUGGAGAUCAGCGUCCAAGAGCUGCAGACCAUCCUUAACAGAAUUAUAAGCAAGCAUAAAGAUCUCCGGACCAAAGGGUUCAGUAUUGAGUCAUGCCGGAGUAUGGUGAACCUCAUGGAUCGAGAUGGAAAUGGAAAACUAGGUCUGGUGGAAUUCAACAUCCUCUGGAACAAAAUUAGGAAUUACCUGGUUGUCUUCAGGAAAUUUGAUUUAGACAAGUCUGGGAGCAUGAGCGCCUACGAGAUGCGAAUGGCACUAGAGUCUGCAGGCUUUAAACUGAACAAGAAAUUGCAUGAACUCAUCAUCACCCGCUAUUCAGAGCCUGACUUGGCUAUUGACUUUGACAACUUUGUCUGCUGCUUGGUGCGACUUGAAACCAUGUUCCGGUUUUUCCAAGCUCUGGACACGGAUAAAGAUGGAAUUGUUACUUUUGACUUACUUAAGUGGUUACAACUGACCAUGUUUGCUUGAAGAAGGAAAGGGAGCCCUUCCACUCCUCCAUUCAGCCUUUCUUCAUCACGUAACCUCAGCUGCAAGUGCCUUUGUGUUGGGAUAAAGGGGGUCGUCUUCUCCUCACCGCCUCUCCCUGCUGCCUUCAGAAGCCUUGCUGGGGAUUGGGAGACCUCACCCCAUGCCCCGCACAGCUGCAUUGAAGAUUGACUCUUUUCAGCUCCUCCCCUUUUACCCCAUUGCCUUGUCCUGGGAACCUGCCCUCAGGCAGCUCAAACAGCUGGUUUUUCAUUUUUUAGCACAAGUUUUAAGCAAGGAAAAGACUGCCAGAUGUAGUGCCAAAGCCAUGAAUGGGCCUUCCUACUUGGUUAUGUGCCCCUGUCCUUUUUAAAUGAAACAGGGUGACUGCCGAGGACGCCGAGUCUCUCAUACUGGCCUCAGCUGUAGAGUCUCCCAAGAGGUCAAGUUUUCUUGGCUCCUUCUCUGCUUUUUGGAUUUUUUCCCCCCCUCGUUGCCAAGGGUUUAAUGAAAGUGCUAAAUAUUAUGAUUUGCUGAGGAGGCCUGUUUCUCCCUUCCUGUCCUGGAGUUUCUGUACCUUGCUCCCCAUCUGCCUAAGAACUUCCUCUUCAAGACAUGGGCAGUUGAUCAAACUGUAAUGAGUUAGGUAGCAGAUCUUUAGUGCAGAGUAGCUGAUGCGAGGAGAUUGUCUGUCUGCUGGGUUUUACCUUAUGGUAAAUGAUAGCUAAACUGGUAUAGCUUACCCCAGAUGGAACAAGGCUACACAGUUCCUUGUUUGGCCUUUACUUUCCAGGGUAAGAACAGGCAGUUACCAUGCACCCGCUUCACUGUCUGUAACCCCAGCCGCUGCCUCGUAGUCUGUAAAUUCCUCAUGAUAGAUCCCAGCAGUGCAGGAGCUGCAUUUACAGCUUUCCCAGCUCCUUUUAUACCUGAGAAUACUCCUAAAAGAAGGAGAGAUCGAGCCUGGGAAGACCUCACACAUCACAAGAGUGCUAUGGUAAAACACCCACAUCUUGCAAUCUGCCUUGGACUUCUUGUACCUCAAGCCUGCAAUAGCCAAACAGUCCUUUCUACUGCACCCUCUACCCUUCGAUUGCACUCCCAUGGCAUGAAAACUCCCCAGAGCCCUCUCUUACCAGGAGCUCAAACUCUUCUUGUCUUUUGCUAAGUUGGGGGUUUUUUUGCCAUAUUACUUUAUAUAUGAUGGAUGGGGAUUACCAGGUGGUUUGCUUGCUUCUUGCCAUGUAGCCAGGUGUGUCGGUAUCAGGGAUUAUGAGACACACGCAUAUAGUGGGUACUGUUUCAUUUUUGUAUUGUAUAAAAUGACUGUUUUAAUGCCAAAAAUAAAUCAGUGCUACUAAAACAAAA